AUGGGGCUUCUACACGUUCCCUCCCGGAGCGCGGCUGCAGCAGCUCGUUCGUCCCAGAGGCGCGCGGUGUCCCUGAAUCUAAGUACUCAGCGCAGGCGUUUCGGGGACGGAGGGAGAGGAACUGGGGGAAACUGGCACCUAAGACUGUGUAAUAGGACCCGGCGCCGUUCCCCCGCGGCUGCGUUUCCGUGGUCAGAGGAAGAAGGCUUUCUCGCCUCCCGCUUCUCACCCUCAUACAGACCCUCCUUUCAGACCCGCCCUCCUGUUCACAGGGACCCAUUUCGGAGCCCUGGCUCACGCUGGGCGGGAACUGGCGUGACGAAUUCCGCCCAAGGUGUUGAUUAUCCAUCCCAACCCAGCCUCUGGCUUCCCUCCCACCUCCACCCCAGCUCCUGCAGGCCCCUCGCCCCCUUCCUGGGCUGGGCGCUCGAGACGGCGCCCCCAGAUCUCCCACCGGGCAGUGUCCCCAGCUGCAACGGAGGAGAGAAGCGCCGGCGUGCGCUGUGCCACGUCGGAAUUGGCUCUGGGGACGUUGCAGCUGCCGAAGCGCAGCGCGCGGUCCCCACGCACGCCCUGCCCCCGGGCGGCCGGAGGGUGGCCCGGCGCGGAGAGGAAGGAUGCGCGGCCUCCUCCCGCUCCCAUCUGCGGGUGCCACUGCCUGCGUCAGGGACCCCUGGCCCGAUCUUUCUGCCCCCGAUAACAGAAAAUCUCUUUUUCGCCUUACAGAAAAAAAAAAAAAAAAAAAAAAAAGACUGUGGAAGACUCAGCAGAACCCAGGAAGCGCAGAAUCGGGAGAAAAGUCUUUGGCUGGGGCUGUUUCAAGUCUCUGGUUCAAUGGGCUGCUCGAAGCCAGGACUGGGAUCUUCCGAGGGUUGGACUUCUUUGGAACUCGACAGGACUUUGAAGACUGGGUUUUUAGUCCUUAUCACAUAUAUGGGCUAUAAUGAAUAAGUCGAAACAGAAAAGUCGAAUAAACUGGAAAUGAUGCUUUCA